AUGUUAGUGGUGUGUUCCAAUUUGUAUCAACUAGCCCAAACAACAUUAAAUGCAGAAUAUUUUUCAUUAAUAUUAUAUACAUUUUGCAUGUUGAUAGAAAUUUUUAUUUACUGUUGGUUUGGAAAUGAAGUCAAAUUGAAGAGCCUUCAAGUGAUCGAUCGUGUUUUUGAAAUGGAUUGGACGGAAUUAAACAACAGCUUUAAAAAAGCUUUUCUAAUGAUGACGAAUAGAGCAACAAUACCUAUUGAAUUUAGUAGUGCAUAUAUCUUUUCCAUGAAUCUUGAAUCUUUUGUAGGGGUACUUAGAUUGUCAUAUUCAGCAUACACUUUACUACAACGAUUAUAAAAUCAAUGUAAAGAAAAUAGCGUAUGUGGAAUGCAUUAAUUUUAUAAGUAAUAUUCAAAAUAUAAUUGGCAAGUUAAAAUGUAUAAUAAUGUACUUUAAAAGAAUUAAUAAUUCAUUGUAAGAAUGUACAGAAAAUAAUCAUUUAUAUUAGAAAUGAUAACGUUUUUCCAAAUAUUAUUUAUAUUACUACAAUACAUUAUAAGAUUAGAAAAUCUCACAGAAAUGGUGAGUGGGUUUCAGUUGCCUACAUUCCUAGUUGCCUACAGCUUCGUUUGCACACACGAAAAUAAGGCACAAAAGUACGAUUGCACACAUGAUAUUAUUUCACGCAUACAUAUUAAUUGCACACAUGAUAUUAAUACGUUUAUACACAUUGCACGCAUGACAUUAUUGUACACAUAAGCUAAAGAAACAAUAUUAACAUAUUGCACACAUGAUAUUAUUACGCUCAUACACAUUGUACACAUGACAUUAUUGCGCAUAUGCACAUUGUACACAUGACAUUAUUACACUCAUACACAUUGCACACAUGAUAUUAUUGCGCUCAUACACAUUGCACACAUGAUAUUAUUUCGCACAUGCACAAAAUUUGUGUGCAAACGAAGUUGUAGGCAACUGGGAAUGUUAUAAGCAAAUGAGAUUCCCCCAAAAUGGUUAGCCUACAAAAUACCAUUACUCCAAUUAUCAUCCCUAUCCAAACAUUAUUUGUUGUGAGAUGCUCACAUUAGAAAAAUAAUAAAGCAAAAGUAUUUUGCUUUCCACGUUUGUACUUAAUAAAAAACGCAUAUACAUUAUUCAAAAAAAGAUAGGGAAUAGCAGACUGAGAAAAACUGAAGUCGCAAACAGCGACAAUAAUGAAUAUUUUAUAAUGAAUGUGUAACGUAUCAAGAUUUCAAACAUCUGUAUCCCUGUCGACUAUUUACAUAUUAUACAGACAUGAGAUUGGAAUUCUUGUGAAAUCAUUAUUUCACGAGAAAGCUUCAGGUUUGUUAUUACAAUAAUAAUGUUACCUGUAUUCAAAGGGAAAAUUCAGUAGAAAGCAGUUGCACAAGCAAGCUAUAGACUUCAUAAAACUAUAAACCCUUCCCUCGGCUGAAUUAUGAUUACUACAUGACAGCAAAAUUAUCACGCAACGUAUAUCAACAACAAAAAAGCACUUCAAAUUGUUACAAUACAAAUUACAUAGUUAAUCAUGUUGAUGUAUUCGAUUAAUAUAAUUGUUAAAACUUUUUUGAAUAAGAAAAAGACGUUAUCAGUUACUAAGGAAUUUAAAGAAUUUUAUUUAGAGAACAUAAGUGUAUUAAAAUUUACACUCGUAAUUCUCGCAACUGCUGUAUGCUGGCAACCGUUUUUGUAGACAUCACUAAUCAAACAUAUGUUAUAUAAUGCCUAUACUUUAUUAAUAAUUAGUCUAAUGUUUUACAUUGACGCAUUUUAGAAACCUUUUC